UCGGUCUCCUUGGUAUCAUUCCAUCAGAGUCACUUCAUCAACGGCACGGUCGUGGAAAUAAGGCGUGUUUAACACAUUAAAAAAAAAAAGCAAAAUGGCGAGCAGCUUCUCCAGGGUACUCUCCUCCAAACGACACAUCGGGAUCCUGUCGUUGGUGGGAGGCUCGGUAACGGCUGGAUUUCUGCUCCACCGGGAACAUGUCAGCGCCGGAGUGCCAGUCCGCAGGCAGUACCCCGCCAGUGCGGAGUACCCUGACCUGCGCAAACACAACAACUGCAUGGCCAGUAACCUGACACCUGCCAUCUAUGCCAAGCUGUGUGAUAAGGCCACUCCCAAUGGUUACACGUUGGAUGAAGCCAUCCAGACGGGCGUGGACAACCCUGGGCACCCCUUCAUCAAGACCGUCGGCAUGGUGGCGGGAGACGAGGAGUCGUACGAGGUAUUUGCAGACCUGCUGGACCCCAUCAUCAAAGAGAGGCACAACGGCUAUGACCCCCGCACCAUGAAACACCCCACCGACCUGGAGUCCAGCAAGCUCCAGUCAGGCCACUUUGACGAGCGUUACGUGCUGUCCUCCAGGGUGAGGACAGGCCGCAGUAUCCGGGGGCUGAGCCUGCCCCCCGCCUGCACCCGGGCAGAGCGCAGGGAGGUGGAGAGGGUGGUGGUUGACGCCCUCGCCGGCCUGAAGGGUGACCUCACAGGGAGAUACUUCAGUCUCACCCAGAUGACAGAAAAGGAGCAGCAGCAGCUCAUUGAUGAUCACUUCCUGUUUGACAAGCCUGUGUCCCCACUCCUGACGUGUGCAGGCAUGGCUCGUGAUUGGCCAGAUGCCCGUGGUAUUUGGCACAACAACGAGAAGACAUUCCUGAUCUGGGUCAAUGAGGAGGAUCACACCAGGGUCAUCUCCAUGGAGAAGGGAGGCAACAUGAAGAGGGUCUUUGAGAGAUUCUGCAGAGGCCUGAAGGAGGUGGAGCGUCUGAUCAAGGAGAGAGGCUGGGAGUUCAUGUGGAACGAGAGGCUCGGUUACAUCCUCACCUGCCCCUCCAACCUGGGCACAGGCCUCAGGGCCGGGGUCCACGUCAAACUGCCCCUGCUGGCCAAGGAUCCCCGCUUCAGUAAGAUCCUUGACAACCUGCGUCUGCAGAAGCGAGGGACAGGUGGUGUAGACACCGCUGCUGUGGGUGGUGUGUUCGACAUCUCCAACCUGGACCGUCUGGGACACUCUGAGGUCCAGUUGGUGCAGACGGUGGUGGAUGGCGUCAACUACCUAAUCGAGUGUGAGAAGAGACUGGAGAAAGGCCAGGACAUCAAGGUGCCCGCACCCCUCAAGCAGUUCAAGUAGACACUGAUCCCUGACCUGCGCACACAACCCCCCUGGGCACAAACACAUGCACAACCACCCCGCGCUGUGCCCAUAGAUAUGAUCAAUAUCUAUGUCAUUGCCUCAUUUAUUACUGCUACUUAUUUAAUCACCCCUCCCUUCCCCACAAUAUACUUCUCUAUAAUAUAAUCUACAUAUAUUAUACGCAGCUGUCUGGCUAAAGCCAACCAGAGUCCCAGAAUACUGCAUUGGGCUUAAAUGUGUUUUAAGAUGCAUCUGAAGGGUUUUUAAGUUUAAACUCAAAAUCAAACCUGGCUAUAAAAUGAUUAAUGAAGGAUGCACAAACUGUAGGCUGUAACAGGGCGAAGAUGGCCGCCAGUUUGCCCGUCUCUGCAUGGCCAAACAGUAUAUCUACGGCUCUGCUCCCACACCACUCCUCAGCCCACCAAACCUGGCUUCACCCUGCCGCAUGUCCUGUACUCAGCCUGUCUCUUCCCCUCACUCCAGUGUGUCGAUCGGUCAUACCUAUUAUUAUCUGGUGCUUGUAUAGUCCAUCCAUUUGUGCUAUACUCUCCAUUGUGGAUUGUGUGUACAUAGUUUCUUUUAACCAUUUGAAGUGAAUUUGAAUGUUGAUUAACAGUGCGAGACUGAAGAGACGUGUGGAUGUGUAUGUUCAAUGACACACUGGUGUCAGAUUGUAACGUCAUAACACACACACGCACACCGGCCGGGCUGGGUUCUGUACUGUAAGCUACUGAAGCAAUAUCAUUCCAGCUCAUCACUGAAUGUCACACUGUUAAUGUCUUUUAUUA